CGACUUCGCAUUCCGGGUCCGGACUCGUUACCUUUUUCCCCCCCUGUCCAUAUGCCUGUUAAAAAAAUGACGGAAACACAAACCCUAUGACCUGAGAUUAUUGAUUCAGAUCCGGUUCCCAGUCUUGGUCUUAUGAGUAGUCAUUAUUUUGGAAAUCCAAAAGUCCUCUCUCUCGAAGUUGCGGGUCGAGGUUCCAUUCAGGCGGAGUGAAGCAUUAGCACUAGGAAAAGAUGUCGACGGUAUACGUGUUAGAACCGCCGACUAAAGGGAAGGUGGUGUUGAACACAACCCAUGGUCCGCUCGACUUUGAGCUGUGGCCCAAGGAAGCCCCCAAGUCUGUCAGGAACUUCGUGCAGCUCUGCCUUGAAGGUUACUAUGUUAACACCAUCUUUCAUCGUAUCAUCAAGGACUUUCUUAUCCAGGGUGGCGAUCCCACUGGCACCGGCACAGGGGGUGAAAGUAUUUAUGGGGGUGUCUUCUCUGAUGAAUUUCAUUCGCGUUUAAGAUUUAAACAUAGAGGGUUAGUCGCAAUGGCAAAUGCUGGCUCCCCACACUCCAAUGGGAGUCAGUUUUUCAUAACUCUAGAUCGUUGUGAUUGGCUUGAUCGGAAGCAUACAAUUUUUGGAAAGGUGACGGGAGACACUGUAUACAAUCUUCUAAGAUUGGGUGAACUUGAAACUGAUAAGAAUGAUCGGCCUCUAGAUCCCCCAAAGAUAUUAUCAAUUGAGGUAUUAUGGAACCCAUUUGAUGAUAUUGUUCCCAGAACAAUUCAGCCUCAGAUCCAAACUACUACUGAUACAGAAAGUAAAGAUUCAAAGAAAAAAGCUGUAAAAAAACUGAACUUACUUUCAUUCGGAGAAGAAGCUGAAGAAGAGGAAAAGGAGCUGGCAUCUGUAAAACAAAAGAUUAAGAGCAGUCAUGAUGUAUUGAAUGAUCCUCGUCUUCUGAAGGAAGCAAUUCCUGAUAGUGAACUGGGCUCAUCUGGUGGUAAGUCAACAAGAGAUGUGCAGUUAUCUGUAAGGGAUGCCUUGAGCUUAAAAAAAGAAGAGUCUCUGAAAAAACUAGGAGCUGAUGAGGUGGCCAACCAUGAUGACAGUGAUGAUGAUGAUGAGGCAGACUUUGAUGCCAGAAUGCGCAGUCAAAUACUUAGAAAACGCCAAGAGUUAGGGGAUUUACCACCCAAGCCAAGGUUGCAAAAUGCAGGAAGCUCAAGUCCAAAGAACCACAAUUCACCAGCAAUCAGGUCCAAUGCUGUAAGUGUUGAUGAUGAUCAACCUAGGGUGGAAAAAUUGUCCAUGAAGAAAAGGGGAAUAGGAUCUGAAGCAAGAGCUGAACGAAUGGCAAAUGCAGAUGUAGAUUUACAGUUGUUCAAUGAAUCUGAGAAAAAUAGACAGUUGCAGAAGCAGAAGAAACGCAGAGUUCAAGGACGUGAAGAUGAGGUUCUAGCAAAACUAGAGAAAUUUAAGAAGGCUCUAUCAGAAAAGACCACACCCUCAACUGGUGGAUCUGGAGAAGUAAAUGAAGAGGACUUGUUGGACUGGAAAGGAGCUAGCUUAAAAUUUGCACCCGAGCCUGGCAAGGAUCGGAUGUCACGCAAUGACGACCCUAACGACUAUGUCGUGGUUGACCCCCUUUUGGAGAAGGGAAAAGAGAAGUUCAAUAAGAUGCACGCCAAACAAAAAAGACGAGAGCGAGAGUGGGCUGGCAAAUCCCUUACUUGAUCUUGUAUGCACACCACCAUGGCUAUAUCAGACACAUCAUAUGCUCUUUAAGUUCUGGGAUAUUGGGUCAAGAGACAGUACAGUAUUUGCACAAUAGUUGGAUGACUCUUGAAAAAGGCGAGGGAAAUUUUGGUUAGUGUGAGAUGUAGACUUUGACAUGCCAAUCUGUACAGCAUCUUGUUAAAUGUCUGUAAUAGCUGCUUAUGACUUGGGACAGAUGGUCACAUAUUUUAGUAACUCUGCCAGCUAUUUGCUGUCUUCACUUUUA